AUGCGAACUCCAGAAUGUGAGCAAGACAUCAACGACAUUGGGACACCCGAAUUGGAACACUUUGCCAACCGUAUCUACACCGUCCUCAGCAACGCUGAAAUCGACCACGCAGCACUGAGGAACAGGCUGAAUCAGAUUGGUGCAGAGGGUCUAAUUGGGCCGUACGGACACUUUCCUAAAUACGUUGAUACAUUAGGUCUAAAGGUUUCACAGGUUGGUCUGAAGCCGUAUACUAGUCCUUCUCUAUCUUGCUCUGUAUUAAUAGGUAAUGUAAAGUUGCCAUCUUCCUCUCUUGAGGUUGACCUUUCAUCACAAAUAGAUGAAUAUAAUUGUUCAGAUCCUCUUCCUGUAGAGUCAGAGAAGCCCCUCGAAGUUCAGUUGAGACAAUUGUCUCGCGGAUAUUCAUUGCCGCCUGUCCCGUGCCACAUCAUCAACACUAACUACAUCAGCUUCGCUUGCAUUUACUCCUGCUUCGAGUUCAUUGGCUUAAAGGUAGAGAUUUAUUCCGUGCUGAGCAGGACACCAAAGGCUGCCAAUUCAUCCCUAGCCGCUUGUCACGGCUCCUUCCAGGAGUUAGACAUAGACUUGGAGAGACUUCAACUGGUGGAUCAAGGAGAUGAGUGUUGGUACAGAGAUGCCAGUCAGUCUGAGGCGCUGAAAACCAGACGACUGACUAUUACUCAGGACAGUGACUCAGCAGUCAGUGACCGUCACUCUCAUCAUCAUCACCAUCACCACAAUCAUAAUCAUCCGUUGUUCUCUACUCCGUCAACCACAAGGCCUCAUCAUCAUCACCACAAUCACCAUCCAGUAAUCUCCACGCUGCCGUCUGUCACGAGAACUCAUCACCAUGAUCAUCGUCCUGAAGAAUCUACACUGCCGCCAAUCACAGAGUCGCAUCACCAUCACCAUCCAAUGGUCUCCACACCGCCGUCGAUGACAGGACCUCACCACCAUCACCAUCAUCACCACCACCAUCACCAUCCAGUGGUCUCCACACCUCGGUCGAUGACAGGACCUCACCACCAUCACCAUCUAGUGGUCUCUACACCACCGUCGAUGGCAGGACUCCAUCCCCAUCACCAUCAUCACCAUCACCAUCCACCAAUAUUUGCAAUGCCAUCAUUCACAACACAAAUAACUGAAGAAGUGGAACACAACACAAAUGACCAAGAUAAAACUCUACUUGAGAACAAUGACGAUAUUAUGAAUAUUUUGAGUGAGACGGAAACUGCUGCUGAAGACCAUUCUCAUCAUGGACAGUCUCCACCUGAAGCUGAAAUUACCAGAAUGGGAGAGGAUGCGGGAGAUUUUGCACGAUCCAGCAAAGCAGCAAAAAUGAGUUCCUCAGAUAACCCAUCAGGAACAAAUAAAAAAUUGCAGAUGAUCGCCAGUAUAGACGAUACAGUUGUCGAAGUCCCCGGAGGUCAUCCAGGACACCAUGGAAGUGACUCCGGCCCAUACCCUGAGUCCGCCUCUGGGGCAGCACGAUGCAUCAGCAAUACCAAGGGGAAAGAUGCGGCCAUACCAGCGCAGCAACAGCAUUGUUCGUGCAGCUGUGAUGACACAGUUGAUGCUGCAGCUGCCUCUUGCAGCUGUGAUGACACUGUUGAUGCUGCAGCUGCCUCUUGCAGCUGUGAUGACACAGUUGAUGCUGCAGCUGCCUCUUGCAGCUGUGAUGACACUGUUGAUGCUGCAGCUGCCUCUUGCAGCUGUGAUGACACUGUUGAUGCUGCAGCUGCCUCUUGCAGCUGUGAUGACACAGUUGAUGCUGCAGCUGCCUCUUGCAGCUGUGAUGACACUGUUGAUGCUGCAGCUGCCUCUUGCAGCUGUGAUGACACUGUUGAUGCUGCAGCUGCCUCUUGCAGCUGUGAUGACACUGUUGAUGCUGCAGCUGCCUCUUGCAGCUGUGAUGACACUGUUGAUGCUGCAGCUGCCUCUUGCAGCUGUGAUGACACAGUUGAUGCUGCAGCUGCCUCUUGCAGCUGUGAUGACACUGUUGAUGCUGCAGCUGCCUCUUGCAGCUGUGAUGACACUGUUGAUGCUGCAGCUGCCUCUUGCAGCUGUGAUGACACAGUUGAUGCUGCAGCUGCCUCUUGCAGCUGUGAUGACACUGUUGAUGCUGCAGCUGCCUCUUGCAGCUGUGAUGACACAGUUGAUGCUGCAGCUGCCUCUUGCAGCUGUGAUGACACAGUUGAUGCUGCAGCUGCCUCUUGCAGCUGUGAUGACACAGUUGAUGCUGCAGCUGCCUGCCACGUAACACAUCUGCUUAUUUUCUCUCUUGGCUUCGCUUUCUGGGUAAGAUAAAAGGUGGAUAGAGGAGUCAUACGUCAGCCAGUCAUGUUGACCAGUCAACAUGACCACAGUCAACAUGACCACAGUCAACAUGACCACAGUCAACAUGACCACAGUCAACAUGACCACAGUCAACAUGACCACAGUCAACAUGACCACAGUCAACAUGACCACAGUCAACAUGACCACAGUCAACAUGACCACAGUCAACAUGACCACAGUCAACAUGACCACAGUCAACAUGACCACAGUCAACA